CCCCCACCACCUGCAGAACCAGAUCCAGUGUAUAUGACACUCUCACUCGAGCCAUCCCACGUCGUCGACGAUCCACGCGCCUCCAGAAAGCUUCUCAUCUUAGAUUUGAAUGGCACUCUACUCAUACGGUCGCAACAUUCACGCGCACAACCGAAAGUCACGCAUGACGGGAUUCCUACUGGCCCAGCACCGCGCCUUCGUGCAGUGCAGCCACGUCCCUACAUACCCGCCUUUUGUGCGUAUCUUUUCGCAUCCGAGACUCAAGAAUGGCUGGACACCAUGGUCUGGUCUUCCGCACAACCGCAUAGUGUGGCGGACAUGGUAGACAAGGUUUUUGGUGAUUUCAAAAGCAAGCUUGUCGCGGUCUGGGACCGCGGCAGUUUGGGACUCAGUAAGGAGGAUUAUCACCGAAAAGCGCUGACAACCAAGGAUCUUACAAAGCCCUGGACAUUGCUUCCAUUAGGCACCAACCCAGCAGAGAUCGGGGUGCCAUCAGAAGCAGAUUGUAUCGCUGAGCAAGCUGGGUUGGCUCCUUCUGUGACGCACUCCGCCAUGACCACCCUUCUCCUUGACGAUUCUCCUCACAAAGCCCGUCUCCAGCCAUACAAUCACGUCUGCAUACCCGAGUAUAAUUCCUCGUUCAGGGAAAAAGACCUUCAGCAGUUUGAGCGCGACAAGAUAAAAGUGAAGGCGACUCAAGGACAAACCAAACCCACACCUAAGAAGCGAAAACGGAAGGCAAAUAAAGCUGUGUCGGAUCAACCCGAGUCGGCAGAGAUGAUAUCACCCUCCUCAGGCUCUGAUUUGAGUGUAGUCGGUUCUACCUCAGCUCAUGUAGAGCAGUCUUCCAUCUCCAGUCCACUUACAGAAAGCCUAUCAUCUCAACCAUCUGCUGAGCCAUAUGACCCUACCAUUCUUGCAGUUAUAGGUGUCCUGGACGAGAUCAAGAAGCAGAGCAGCGUUGCUGGGUGGAUACAAGGCGGGGGUCUUUGGGAUACCAUUCCUGUUCCUGAGGCUGAAAGAGAAUCUACUUCUAUUGCAUCAGCCUCAGACGCAAGUACUGUCGAGGAUCUCCCACCGUCAACCGACUCUCAGGAAGCGAGAAUGCUCACGAAGAAAGAGUUUCUGGCAGCACAACCCAUACAAUCUGCUCUUAGCGCCGAUCGGGAAGUCAUCCAGGCCGGAAAUGAUGAGUCCACCACCGCCAACAUUUCAGUCGCGGGUGUUCCUACUGCUGCGCCAGGCGCUGGUGCACAAAGUGUGGGAAUGUGGUUCAGUGAUGAACCAACGUUGACUUAUUGGGUUGGGAGAGGGCGCAGGGCACUUGACAGUUUGGGAAUUGAGGCAUGUCACGGCGUU